UUAGCCUGUAAAUCAAAAGCAGAACUAAACCCAGAAAACCCAGGUUUCCUGACAAGUAAUUUUAAUACUUUCUACUAUAGUGUAGAGAUUAGAAAAAUCAUUUUAACAUACUUUGUUAACUUACUGUAUCACUUUGCAUAUUCUAUCCCUACCCUACCCUCCUUUAAGAUUCAGCAAAAUUUUUAAUGUGGAAGAAUAAAAAGUGGUUUCGAUACUCUCUCCAGAGUAUACUAUCAGAAUUCUAAAAAGAGCUGACACAAAGCACUUUUAUUACCAAUUUUAAUGUAAAGGCACUGACAGUAUGCAAAUAAGGCACAAAGUCAAGCUUUAGAAAUGAACUAGAGAGAUAAUGAAUUCACACGGUGCCAUUUUUAAGAUUAGACUUUAGUCCUAUGUUCCUGUUCUUUGUUGGUGGGCAAGUCACAAGCAACUCUGACCUCAGUUUUGCUGCCAUAGUAGAUGCGCACCUGGAUUAACAACGGGCAGAAUGAGUUACUUAGCACGUCUCAUUUUUUGGGCAGUGUCUGUUCACCCCACCCCCAUCCUGUUCAACUUCAAUGUCAGAAGGAAAUGAAGCCACAAUGUGAACAAAAAGAGCUGUAACAUUUUUUGUCUCCUGCCUCCUCCCUCCCUCUUCACUGUCCUCCGUAUAUAGAGCUACUCCACCCCACUCUGGCUGUAGUGUGACAUUCCUGCCUGCCUGAGGAAGAAAUGGUGAGCGGGGGCUGUAAUUGCAGACAAGUGUCACCCAGAAGCCACAAGUUUCUGUGAGCACCAGGUCUACAAACUACCCAAAGCAUAGCAAUGGCAUUAUCACUGGAAGAAUUCGUCCACUCUCUUGACCCCAGGACCCUACCCAGGGUUCUAGAAAUCCAGGCAGGCAUCUAUUUUGAAGGCUCUAUUUAUGAAAUGUUUGGAAAUGAAUGCUGUUUUUCAACAGGAGAAGUGAUUAAAAUUACUGGUCUCAAAAUUAAGAAGAUCAUAGCUGAAAUUUGUGAGCAGAUGGAAGGUUGUGAGUCUUUACAGCCAUUUGAACUGCCUAUGAAUUUUCCAGGUCUUUUUAAGAUCAUGGCUGAUAAAACUCCGUACCUUACUAUGGAAGAAAUCACAAGGACCAUUCAUAUUGGACCAAGUAGACUAGGGCAUCCUUGCUUCUAUCAUCAGAAGGAUAUAAAACUAGAGAACUUCAUCAUAGAGCAGGGUGAGCAAAUCAUGCUCAACUCAGUUGAAGAGAUUGAUGGAGAAAUAAUGGUGAGCUGUACAGUAGUAAGGAAUCAUCAAAAUCACUCAUUUAAUUUGCCUUUGUCACAAGAAGGAAAAUUCUACGAAUGUGAAGAUGAACGUAUUUAUACUCUAAAGGAGAUUGUUGAAUGGAAGAUUCCUAAGAACAGAACAAGAACUGUAAAACUUACAGAUUUUUCAAAUAAGUGGGACUCAACGAAUCCGUUUCCUAAAGACUUUUAUGGUACCCUGAUUCUCAAGCCUGUUUAUGAAAUUCAAGGUGUGAUGAAAUUUCGAAAGGAUAUAGUCCGCAUCCUCCCCAGUCUAGAUGUCGAAGUCAAAGACAUCACUGAUUCUUAUGAUGCUAACUGGUUUCUUCAGCUGUUAUCAACAGAAGAUCUUUUUGAAAUGACCAGUAAAGAGUUCCCCAUAGUAACUGAAGUCAUAGAAGCACCUCAAGGAAAUCACCUGCCCCAAAGCAUUUUACAGCCUGGGAAAACAAUUGUGAUCCACAAAAAGUACCAGGCAUCAAGAAUCUUAGCUUCAGAAAUUAGAAGCAAUUUUCCUAAAAGACACUUCUUGAUCCCCACUAGCUAUAAAGGCAAGUUCAAGCGGCGACCGAGGGAGUUCCCAACAGCCUAUGACCUAGAGAUCGCUAAGAGUGAAAAGGAGCCUCUUCACGUGGUGGCCACCAAAGCCUUUCAUUCCCCUCAUAACAAGCUGUCAUCUGUAUCUGUUGGGGACCAGUUUCUGGUGCAUCACUCAGAGACAACUGAAGUCCUCUGUGAGGGAAUAAAAAAAGUAGUGAAUGUUCUGGCCUGUGAAAAAAUCCUCAAAAAGUCCUAUGAGGCAGCACUGCUCCCUUUGUACAUGGAAGGAGGUUUUGUAGAGGUGAUUCAUGAUAAGAAACAGUACCCGAUUUCUGAGCUCUGUAAACAGUUCCGCUUGCCCUUCAAUGUGAAGGUGUCUGUCAGGGAUCUUUCCUUUGAAGAGGAUGUGUUGGCUGCCACACCAGGACUGCAGUUGGAGGAAGACAUCACAGACUCUUACCUACUCAUAAGUGACUUUGCCAACCCUACGGAGUGCUGGGAAAUUCCUGUGGGUCGCUUGAAUAUGACUGUUCAGUUAGUUAGUAAUUUCUCUAGGGAUGCAGGACCAUUUCUAGUCAGGACUCUGGUAGAAGAGAUCACUGAAGAGCAGUAUUACAUGAUGCGGAGAUAUGAAAGCUCAGCCUCACAUCCCCCACCUCGCCCUCCCAAACACCCCUCAGUAGAGGAAACAAAGUUAACCCUGCUAACCUUAGCAGAAGAAAGGAAGGUGGACCUGCCCAAGUCUCCCAAGCGUCAUCACGUAGACAUAACCAAGAAACUUCACCCAAAUCAAGCUGGCCUGGAUUCGAAAGUACCGGUUGGUAGUCAGAAUGAUUUGGUGGAUGAAGAGAAAGAGAGGAGCAACCGUGGGGCCACGGCAGUAGCAGAAACAUUCAAGAAUGAAAAACGUCAAAAAUAACAAUAUGUGACAGAAGCCACUUAGGAAACAAACAUAAAUGUUGGAGGGAAAAAAGAAGCUAGCCUUCUAGCUGAAAAACAAAUAUUCCCCAAUGGACUCCAGAAGAAACUUGACUUAUCGCUGCAAAGGAGAGAACAACCUUAAAACUUUUAACAGAUAAAACUUAGAGAAACCUAAGAUAUAAAAUUCAUAUAGUCUAUUCUGUUGUGUCUAAAUCUGUAUGUAUUGUUUUGUUGUUUUUUAGGACAUAUUUAUUUAACGUGCACAUUUUUUUCAGGUUCUUAUUUCUACUACCAACAACUAAGUAAUUGAGAAAUAAUUUUGUAUUUCAGUUUCUGAGUAAAACCAGUCUGAAAUAGGAUAAAAGCUCACCAAAUAUUUUCUUUUUUUCCCAGAAUUUGUUUUGCCAUUUUUUUUAGUGCUAUCAUCAUUCCUAACAAGACUAACUUACAGAAAAAUAAUUAUAUCUGAGUGAUUUAAAAUGUCCAGGUUUCUUAUCCAAAUCCCUUGGAACUGGGAUCCCUACCUAUCAAGGGUGGAAGGGAGUUUGACUUCACAUUCACAGUGUAUUUACAAAAUACACUUUGUAAUAAAUAUGUUUGAAUUCCAACAGCCAAAGCCAUUGAGAGUCAUAGGAGUUUUCCAUAACCUCUUCUACGACCCAACAAGAAGUUCAUGACUGAAAUUUCACCGGAUUUCUGAGAAGAUGCCUUAGUAUUUUAUGUACUGUAUACCACACAAUUCUUUAGAUGAAUGUUUCUUAGGACUGUAGGAAAAUUAUCUAGUUAAUCAUAAUAUUUAAUGUAAAGAAAAAGGCAAUAAAAUUGUAAUGAGAUAUAAUAAAUUUGGCUGACAAUAAACCAAAGUGAUUCUUAAUUAGUGUACAUUAGAAUGAUGCUCUUAUAGUUGCAUCACCUAUAAAAAUUACUUUAAGAGCUCUCACAUUUUGAUAAUUUAUCUUAUUAUGUAUUAAGUAUACAGGAACAAUAUUAUUUUUCCUCUAACAAAAUGAAGAGACAGGCUAUCUGGUUAAUGUUACACAGGAAUUUAAUAGUAACACUUAAACUUCAUCCAUAGAUCAUACUCUGUACAAAAUCUGUUAGCUAACAUCCUAUCUCAUAAUUAUUUUAUGUUACUUGGAGAAAUUUGUUGAUUUUGUACCAAAGUGUUUCUGAAGACAAUAAAUUGUGAGUCAGUUUUUGAACAAAAAAAAUUACAGUUAGAGUUUUUUCAAUGUUUAUAUUCUGAUUAAGCUCACAUUACCUUACUUUUUUCUAAGUGACAAUUAAUCCUGAUUUAUAAUGUCCUAAAUAUUGCUUAGUGAUUUGAUUGUGGUAAUAUAAUUUCUUAUCUACAAUGUUUAAACUUUUAUGGGAUAGUUUUACUUUUAUUUAUUUUGCCUGUUUGUGCAGAUUAGAGCAGAAACUUUUCUAAGCCCCACAUUUGGUUAUUGAAGGCCACAGCGAAUCUUAACCUGACAACCUUGGCAAACUGCACCAUAGGUAAUUUUAGACUCAUAUAAUUUGUUAUUUUUCAAGUAAUAGUGAACAAUUAAUAUUUCCAUUUGGAAUAUGAGAAUGAUUAAAUUUCUACUUUUGAUAAGUACCAUUCUUUGAUUAGAAAAUUAAGAGAAUGCAUAUCUUCCUUUGGCCGUAAAUUAUCAAGGGCUUUCUAAUGGAAAUCAUAUAUAACAUUUCUAAAUAUAAGUCCUUUCAUAUACUGCAUUUCCAGUUGUCUUGAUAUUGAAAAGUGUAAUAAACUUCAUGCUCACUUAUUGGAGAUUUGGGAAGGUUGAAAAUAAAUUUCCUAAUUUUUAUUUGUAUGUGUUCUCUUCUAUGUUUAACUCUAGGAUAACUAUCUUCCUGUAACGAUUAGGUUAAAAUAGUCUUUAACUAGAAUUGAAAUAAAUUGUUCACUAAGGAAGGGAUUGCUUGUGCUAAAAAAAAAAAAAAAAAA